AUGGAUCAAUAACACUCAUAGCAUUUCCAAACUUUAGAAUGCGUUGUUUCUGAGAGACUAACAACCAGAGGCAGAUCCUAAACCAAGGAUACCAUUUAGAUCGUAUCACCUAAACAAAAUAUUGUUUAUGUCCAGAGACAAGCUUAACAAAUCAUUACCACAACUCAAGCUCCAAUCAGAACAGAAACUUUUGUCAAACCCAUCAUCUAAUAAGUGCAAAAGGUGCAAGUAGUUGAUCACAGAGAAGAAGUGGAAUUUUAUAAGAGCAAAUGUCUCAUCUAUGAAAAGCAAAUCAGUGAACUCAACAUUGAAGUUACGAGAUUGAGAUCCAAUCCUACAGUCUAAGAGAAAAUCACUUAUGUUGAAGAUUCCCAUAAGGUGGCUGAAUUGGAAAGAUAACUACAUAUCUACCAAACUGAAAUUCAUAAAGUAACUGCCUUAUUGAAAGAAACCAACAUUGAAGUAGACACUCUCAAGAUUAAGAAUUCUCAAAUCACUUCCUAAUUGGUGUACUACCAAUAACAAAGCAGUGAUUUUGAUAAAUUAAAGAAAACCUAAAUUGAGGGUGAUCAAUUUUAUUAAAAUGAAAUACAAAGAUUAAAUGUCCUUGUUCAAUAGAGUCAAACCCAAUUGCAAUCCUUAUAAGCCACUUUAAUAGAUUCGAAGAAAUACGAAUAACUUUACAUCCAACUCCAAUCCACUUAAGCCACCUUAACAAAUGAAUUAGAAAGAUGCACUCAAGUAUUAAAGAUCAAACAAGAAGAAUUUGAAACCACCAAAUUAUAAUUGAUAAAAGAUCUAGAAAUACAAUCAAUAAGAUUGAAGGAUUUCGAUAGAGAAAAUAAGGAUCUUAAACAAAAAGAAUACUCACUCCAAUAACAAUUAGAAAGGUUGAACAAGGAAUAUUAAGAUCUAAGUGAUCGAUACAAUACUGAUAUCAGAUCCAAAAACGACGAAAUCACCAGAUUAACUACAGUGACUCAAACAUUACAAUUGACAUUCUAGGAUACUUCCAAAUUCCAAGAAUAUGAGCACAGAUCAAAAUUAUAGAGUGAAGAAAUUCAAUUGCUCAACUAAAAGAUCAGAUCGAAAUAGGAUGAAGUAGACAAAUGCAAAUUGCAAUUACAUUAAUACAAUCUUCAACUAUAGGAAUACUCCAAAUACGCUGAUUUUGAAUCUAAGUAUAGGAGUAUCUAAUAAGAAUAUGAAAGGAUUCAUAAUACUUUGAGAUUGAAGAUUGAAGAAAAUGAUAAUCUAAGAUCCUGCAUCUCCAAAUUAUAAUUAACUAUAAGUGACAAGUAUAAAUCAAAUGAUUAUGAGAACAAAAUUGCAUUAUUGAGUUAAGAAAUAGAGAGACUACAUUAAAGUUUAAAGAGUAGACAAGAUGAAAAUGAUAAACUCAGACAAGAACUCUAUUCAUUACAAACAUCAUUCCCAGAUUAAUAAAUAGAAAUAGAUAGACUAAAUGCUCAAAUUAAAGUAAGAAAUGAAGAAUUAGAAAAACAUAGAUCUAGUUAGAUCUCAAAUAACGAAUCCCUAAGACUUAAAGACUUAGAACAGAAAAAUCUAGUCUAUUCAAAUGAAAUAGAUAGACUGAGCAAUCUUGUCAGAGUCAAAAUCAAUGAAUCAGAAUAAUAUAAAUAGGAAUUAGUGAAAUUAAGAGAUUCAUCUACCAAAUUCACUUAAAUGUACAACGAUAAUGAAAAAUUAACAUCUCUAAUCAGAACCUUACAGGAUGAACUAGAUCAAACUAAAAGAAAAUAGAAACUUGAUGAAUCGCAUCUAUAUAAUGAAAGAAUGUAGGUUUUAGUUUAGGAGUUGGAUUCUUGGAAGACCUAGUUUAUCACUUAAAACAGAGAGUUUCAUAAAAAUUAAGAAUUACUUAUUUUAGCAUAAGCAGAACUAGAUUCUUUGAAAAAUAAAAGAACUACAACUUUGAAAAGUGAAUAAGUUGUUGACUCCCUUAAAGAAAACAAAGUAGAAUUUAAGAAGAAUCACACUUCGCAAUCCACUUAUAUCCUGGGAAUGUUAAAUAAUAAACCAGUUUGA